GGUACGAAGAAAGAACACGCUUACGAUCGUCCGACCCUCGCCCUCCCCAGACCGUCAGGAGCGAGCGACACCGAGCCAGACCUCUCUGAACAAGAACUGGACGUCCUAACAUCCAACAAUGUUACCUUCCUCACCACUCUCGAUCAGAAGGGUAUCUCCAAGAGUAAGAAAGAGAUUGCCCGACUGCAUAAGCUUGACAAGCCCGCAAGGCCGAAGGUGGAAGAUGACCUGCCAAGUGUACACGAACAUACGGAUGAUGAGUCUCCUUGGGAAGGAGUGGAUGGGAAUGAGGGCCUUAGUACCGACGAUGAGGAUGGAGACCUGGAAGGCGAUGAGGACGUGUCUGCCCUGCGCGAUGAUGUACCCUCCGAAUCGGACAUCGAGAACACGUACGAGCUCAAAUCCCGUAAACGGCGACGGGAAUGGGAGGAAGAAGACUCUGCGCCCAAGGCCCCUGGCAGGCUGCCGAUCAAGCUGGCUAAUGGCCAGGUGAAGAAGCUUAAGGAUGUAGAGGGACGACCCGUGCCCAUGCCUUUGCCGGAUUCUGAAGAGGAGGAGGAGGAUUGGCCAGAGGAAACGGAGAUCGAGUCUGAUGCAGGGGAUCAGGAGAGGCAGGAGGAAGAGAGGAGAGCAAACAACGUCGCUACUGGGGCUAGGUUUGGAAGGCUUGCCCCGGCUGCUGUGCUUUCCUUGCCUUCCAGAACGGAGAGGGUACAGAGAGCGAAGGAGCAGAUAGCGAGCAUCUGUCAGGACAUUGUUGCCGAUCCAGAAAACAGUUUGGGUCUCCUCCGCCGGCUACAGACCUUCACACUCGCCGAACUGCCCUCCCCAGAUGUCAACGCGCCUGCCGUACCGAACGACCCCCUGAUCCGCAAACUCGCUCUCCUAUCCCUCCUCUCUAUCUUCACAGACAUCGUCCCGUCUUACCGCAUCCGUGGCUUAACGGAAAAAGAACAGGCGGAAAAGGUGUCCCAAAUGGUUGCACGCACAAGAGAGUGGGAACAAGGACUCGUAAUAGUGUAUAAGGCCUACCUCGGGGAACUGGAGGGUGCGGCGAAGGCGAAUAACGAAAUGUCGGAUACAGCAGUCCGGUGUUUGUGUACCCUGUUGACGGAUCUCACCCACUUCAACUUCCACACGAAUAUCAUGAGUGUUGUUGUGGCUCGCAUCAGCCGCAGAUCCUGGGACUCGAACUCGGAAUUGUGCAGAGAAUCCAUCGUCCGUGUCUUCCGGGAAGACGUCACCGGCCAAGCUUCACUUGAACUUGUACGUCUGCUCAACCGGAUGAUCAAGGAGCGCAAAUUCCGCGUGCGUCCUAACGUUCUCUCCACCCUACUUUCUCUCCGUCUAAAAACGGAGCUUGGGCGGCCGGUGGACAGGCGGGAAGAGCAAGAGAAGGAGGGGAAGGGCAGGGAUAGAGAUAGGGAUAAGGGGAAGAAGAAAGGAAAGAAGGACAAGACGUAUUUAAGUAAUAAGCAGAGGAAGGCGCUCCAGGAGACGAGGGAGAUACAGAAGGAGAUGGCGGAGGCGGAGGCACAAGUGGACGUAGAGGAGCGGGAUAAGACUCAUACCGAGACACUCAAGCUCCUUUUUGUUCUCUACUUCUCAAUCCUCAAAUCCUCGCCUUCCGCACAGAAUCGUCUGCUACCCGAGGCCCUCGCGGGCGUUUCAGCUUUCGCCCACCUGAUCAAUAUCGACUUCUUCCGCGAUCUGUUAGAGACGCUGAAGAAGAUUGCGCGGGAUGCGGAUGGGGAGGGCGACACUGAGGGCGGGGUGACAGAAGAAAAGGAGGGCGAAGUGCGCAUAGGAGGGGCAGAAAGCGAACUUGCACGAAAGUGCAGGACUAAGCUCCUCUGCGUUGUUACUGCGUUCCAGCUGCUCACAGGACAGGGAGAGGCACUUAACAUCGACCUGGCGGAGUUCAUCAACCAGUUAUAUGCUCUGCUUCCCGUGCUUGGGUUUGUAAUACCCCUGGAAGUCGACACCGUCCCGCUUUCCACCAAGGCGACUGCCGACAAUCACAAUACUAAAUCCGCUCCACCUCCUUCCUCUGUGCCAUCUGUAACCGCCCUCCUCUUCCGCGCCCUGCAUCUACUCUUCCUCCCUUCCUGGCACACGUCGGGCACUUCCUCGUCCCACCCACCUUCGCGAGUGCUCGCGUUUGCCAAACGCUUGCUCGCCCUCACGCUACUCCUUCCCCCUGCUCCUGCCAUCCGAACACUGGAGUUUCUUCGCCAGCUUCGAGCGCGGGAAUCCAAGUUGGAUGGGUUAUUCGAGGAAGCGGAGGAGGGCGGGGAUGGAGUGUGGAGAGGGGAGGUGGAUGACCCGGCUUUGGCAAAUGGUGCUGCAGCUAGAGGUUGGGAAGUGGCAUGGUUAGCUGAGAAAGGGGAGGAGAAGGUGAGAGAGAAGGCCCGAGAGCUGGUGGUAUGGAGGAGAACGUAGACCGAUAAAGACUCGUGCGGGGCAAUGAUGUGUGCACUUUGCUAGUAGCACCAUACAUCGUCUGAAUGCUGGGUUAUCGAUGAUUUUCAUAUCC